AUUAGAAGACCCCUAUAAAAAUCAUAUACAUACAGAUUCUUGUGUAUAUUUUCUCUGUGCUUGGGCCAAAAUAAUGAAUAAUCAAGGUAAAGAAGAUUAUGGCGAUAUUGGAAGCGAGGAUUUUCCGGAUGAGUUUCAGUGUUGUGUAUGCUUGGAUAUCAUGUACAAACCAGUUGUAUUAGCCUGUGGUCACAUAUCUUGCUUCUGGUGUGUUUUCAAAGCUAUGGAUUCUUUCCGGGAGUCACACUGUCCAAUUUGUCGCAACCCAUAUAAUCAUUUUCCCAGUAUUUGUAGAUUGCUACACUUCUUGCUUCUGAAAUUAUAUCCAUCAGCCUACAAAAGAAGGGAAAGACAAGUUGCAGAUAUAUUGGUUCUUAAUUUCCCGCCUUACUCUGAGGUAGAGACAUCUCCCCUGCCAAAGAAUGGGACAGACUAUGAGAAUCUCACCGCUGGAAUAUUUGGUUUCUAUGAUUUAACUGAUGAGGCGUGGCUCUUGAGCAUUCAUUUUGAAAGUGCUAUUUUUUGCUGCGAUAAUCAUGCUGGAAAUGCUCCGUAA